UUGCUUAGCGAAAAGCUAAACCUUCCUGGGCCUAAACCGAAACCAUCCGGUUAAGGCAUGUUCCUUCGAUUUGACAAUUGUAUCCGGUACGAGUUCAUCGUCUCCAAGCUAAUUUCAGCAAAAUCCCUUUUGAUUAAUUUCGUUGACAGUCAAAGCAAAAUCAAUCAAUCAAUCACUCAUGCCCAACGAUAAAGAAGAAUUGGAAGAAGACUCCUACGUUUGGGACAACGAUACGCAGCUCUACAUCCAUCAAAGUAGUGGGUUUUAUCAUGACCCAGUUGCUGGUUGGUACUAUUGUAGCAAAGAUGGUCUCUACUACAAGCAUGAAAACGGUGAAUAUGUCCCCUUGGAACAUGACGAGUCUAACGUGAACCCUCUUGUACAUAUUGUCACUUCUGAAGAGGACUCUGGCCGAAAAGAUUCUCCUGCUCAGGCUGAAGUCUCACUGUGUAAUCCUGGAGAAACAGAAACUCUUUUAGCUGAUAGGCAUGUUGUUUGCUCGAAAGAGCCAACAGGGUGCUCAAAUGACCAUGAACUUGAACACCUUCAACGACCUUCCUUAUGGGUGGAAGAUACACUUAUAGAGCUUUAUCUGGCUGGAAACAAUCGACGGCCUAGCUAUUCUGCAGAGGAUAAUCAGGAUUACCAGAUGUUGUCAGCUAAUGGAGACGAUGAUGAUGAGGAACUCGAAGAGGGAGAAUGGAUUCCUGAAGAAGAUUUUGAACCACAUGAAGACAACUUUGAUCAAGAUGCUCCUUCAAAGGAGGAAGAAAUGUGGGUAGCACAAUAUGGUCAAGUCACUCAAUCCCCUGAGAAGACCCUGCCUGAGAUCCCGUCUGUUGACUUGUGGGAUUGGAAACUUGUUUGUGAAUCCAGAGAAGCUGACAACGAACAGGUGGCUAGGCUUGUAGGGAGGCUGGUGAGACGGUCCGCCAAUCUUCAUCCAUCUGUGGCUUCUGGUGGCACACUUUUCAAAACUGCGCCAGUUUGUGAAGCACGCCUUCACCUGGUUCGAGUCAGGACAGGUCAAGUCUAUAAACUGCAGAAUCCUAGUCCAAAGUACCUUGCAACCUUGUCAGUGUAUGACGCGUCAAACCCAACAAAAGAUUGGGGAUUCCCUGAUGUUUCAACUACAUGGCAAGAUCCUGUUACAAAACGAAAAGCUAAGAAGGUGAAACCAAAAACUGUGCGCAGACUCAAGGUGAAGGAACCACAUGAAGUCGACAUGAUUGAAGAGGAGAGAAGCUCUGCAUACAGAGAUAGAGCCGCGGAGAGAAGAAAUCUGCAUGGUGGAUAUGGUGUUGGACCAGGUCAAAAGGGAACAAUGGUAGGCCUCAACACCGACGAGCAUGAUACAGGUUCUGAAGAGGAUGCAACAGCAGAAGAAGCAUUGGAGUUAACAUUUGGAUCUGGAAGUUAUGCAAGGAGGAUUAUGGGAAACAUGGGUUGGAAGGAGGGAGAGACGCUGGGGAAGAAUGCAAAAGGUUUGGUUGAACCGAUACAAGCAGUAGGAAACACUGGGAAUGUAGGCCUUGGUUUUCCUCAAAGGAGAAGAAGAUAAUCUGAGGUGAGAAUGAUGGUGGAUCUGCUCCAAAAAGGUAUGCCGUGACAUGGAAGAAACAAUAUCAACUUAGAGAAGUGCUAUAUCCAGUAGGGCUGCUUUUGUAGUGACUUGUUCCACAAGACAGAUAACAUUUUUGAGUUUGUAGAUUAACCCUAAAAAGGGGUGUAUAGUAUUCUCUCUUAAGCGCUUGAAAAUAGUAUCUGUCGUCCUCGUUGAUUAGUCUACGAUCUUUUAUAAGAAAACUGAGUUGAUUAUUUAAUUCCUUAACAAGUAUAUAAUAUACUUUUGUGUAAUAAUAAUACUAAGGAAAUGAUAUUUAGUGGCGCGUA